AUGUGGAUACCGCUCACCACCCUGGGGUUUCCAAUCUUUGUUGGCCUGAUCUACAUGUAUGUCCGAGAGGUCGACCGCGACACCCUCGAGCCCAUUCUAUUCUUGCUCAACAGCUCCGAUAUUGAGGUCCAACGUGCUGCCAGCGCCGCGCUCGGCAACUUGGCCGUCAACACGGAAAACAAGGUCCUCAUUGUUCAAAUGAGUGGCCUGCAACCUCUGAUUCGUCAAAUGCUCUCUACCAACGUUGAAGUCCAGUGCAACGCUGUUGGGUGUAUCACAAACCUUGCGACACAUGAAGACAACAAGGCCAAGAUUGCGCGAUCCGGCGCCCUCGGUCCUCUGACGAGACUGGCAAAGUCCAAGGACAUGCGAGUGCAGCGCAAUGCGACUGGUGCUCUCCUCAACAUGACGCACUCUGACGAGAACCGACAACAACUCGUUAACGCCGGCGCCAUCCCUGUUCUUGUUCAGCUCCUGUCCUCCUCCGACGUCGACGUUCAGUACUACUGCACGACUGCCCUGAGCAACAUCGCCGUCGAUGGCAACAACCGACGCAAGCUAGCCCAGAGCGAGACCAAGCUGGUUUCGUCGCUGGUCGCCCUGAUGGACUCGUCCUCGCCAAAAGUACAGUGUCAGGCAGCACUUGCUCUUCGAAACUUGGCUUCCGAUGAGAAGUACCAGCUUGAUAUCGUCCGUUCCAAUGGCCUGGCUCCUCUGCUGCGCCUCCUUCAGUCAUCGUACCUCCCGCUCAUUCUUUCGGCCGUUGCCUGCAUUCGCAACAUUUCUAUUCACCCAUUGAACGAAUCGCCCAUCAUCGAAGCCGGAUUCCUGAAGCCCCUCGUUGACCUCCUCGGAUCUACCGAUAACGAGGAAAUCCAGUGUCACGCCAUCUCGACCUUGAGAAACCUGGCUGCUAGCUCUGACCGCAACAAGGCGCUGGUCCUCGAGGCUGGUGCAGUUCAGAAAUGCAAGCAGCUCGUUCUCGAUGUGCCGGUCACCGUCCAGUCCGAGAUGACGGCGGCGAUCGCUGUCCUCGCACUCAGCGACGAGCUGAAGAGUCACUUGCUCAACCUGGGCGUAUUUGCAGUCCUCAUCCCCCUGACCAGCUCGCCGAGCAUCGAAGUUCAGGGCAACAGUGCCGCUGCGCUCGGCAACCUGUCUUCCAAGGUUUCUCUAGUCGGUGACUACUCCGUCUUCGUCCAAGACUGGAAAGACCCGCACGGCGGCAUUCACGGCUACCUGACCAGGUUCCUGCAGAGCGGCGAUGCCACAUUCCAGCACAUCGCGAUCUGGACCCUGCUGCAGCUCCUUGAGUCCGAGGACAAGGCUCUGAUUCAACUCAUCGGUCAGGCUGAGGAUGUUGUCGACCAAAUCAAGGAGACGGCCAACCGCCAGGUAGAGCCAGACCACGAAUUCGAAGACGACGAUGAGGGUGAGGUUGUCACGCUGGCGCAACGCUGCCUCGAGCUUCUGGGACAGAGCACUUCAAAGACCCACAUUGAGGGUUAAGAGCUGCCUGCUGCAAGUGCCAAAUCUCUUCUCCUUCCUCGGAACUGGGGGAUGUGUCUGCGUAGGGCCAAGGCGCCAGAUGGCGAGGAGGAGUUCCUGGCGUUCAUUACUAUACCGAUUGCGUGAGCUCUUGUUUUUACCUUUUUUUUUGUUUUUCUGGUGUGGCGGCAUUCUAGGAGGAGCGACUGGUUUGUUUGUAUGAGAGUUAUGGAGCUGAAUAUGCACCGUAUGGUGGAGGUUGUCGAAGGAGAGAUGCAACCUGCCCUGUCUUUUUUCUUUCCUCUUUUUCUGCGAUAUGCAUUAUGGCCGCGACCAGGAUUGGCUCGUCGUCUGUCUUCUUCCGCGGGGGGUGAUGGAUUCACGGCCGAGCUGGCCGGUUCCCUACCACCCGGCGCUUAUUUCGUGAUAGGCAGUUGUAAUUAGAGCGGCUUUGCGAGAGCCAAAGGAAUUGACUCGCGUGUCGUCUGA